AUCCGCACCCGGUUUCCUCCGGAACCGAAUGGUUAUCUCCAUUUAGGCCAUGCCAAAGCAGUUUCUUUCAACUUUGCGGUGGCUCGCAUGUUUGGUGGCGUCUGCCAUAUGCGGUUAGACGAUACAAAUCCCUCCAAAGAAGAUGUCGAAUACGUGAACUCAAUCCUGGAAGACGUUCAAUGGAUUCAGUCUGGUUUAUACGAAAAAAGCGGCCAAGAUUAUCCGUGGGAUGGACCUAUUCGGAAAACGUCCGAUUAUUUUGGUUUGAUCUAUGACUGUGCUGUCGCCUUGAUACAGUCCGGGGAGGCCUAUGUGGACAGCCUGAAUGCCGAGGAAAUGCGGGAAUAUCGAGGCACUUUAACAGAGCCUGGAAGGGAUAGCCCGCACCGCACGCGAUCUAUCAGAGAAAAUUUGGAAUUAUUUCAAGGCAUGCGGAAUGGCGACUUCCCGGAUGGUGCUCACAUCCUGCGGGCAAAGAUUGACAUGUCAUCGCCAAAUGUAAACAUGCGCGAUCCAGCUCUGUACCGAAUCAAGCAUGAGUCGCACCAAGAAACUGGAGACGAGUGGUGCAUUUAUCCAAUGUACGAUUUCAGUCACCCAAUAGCAGAUGCAGUUGAAGGUAUAACUCAUUCGCUGUGUACACUUGAGUUUGAAGACCAUAGACCGUUCUACGAUUGGACAAUUGAGAAGCUCGUACCGACAGGUCUAAUCACUGGCAGACCUCAGCAAAUCGAAUUCAGUCGUCUCAAUAUCCAGUCCACUGUUUUAUCGAAAAGAAAGCUAAUACAGCUUGUUCAGGAGGGACAUGUUUCCGGCUGGGAUGAUCCUCGAAUGCCAACGCUGUCCGGUAUACGUAGGCGCGGGGUUCCGCCUGAGGCACUUCGCCUUUUUUGCGAACGCGUAGGAAUCAGCAAGGCCGACUCGAACAUUGAUUUCACCAAUUUGGAGGAUUGCGUACGCGAGACGAUGGAUGCAGCUGUACCCCGAGCGCUUGGCGUUUUGAAUCCUCUGAAAAUAUCCAUCUCCAAUUGGGAGGACGGGAUUGAAGAGUUCCACGUCAGUCGCCAUCCCAAGCUUGAGGAAAUGGGGAAACGAGUAAUUCCGUUUGGGAAAGAUCUCUUUAUUGAGAGGGCUGACUUUUUCGAUCUAGAUGGACCCGAGGCUAAGGUAUCGAAUGGUAAACCACCGACAGGCUUUAAGCGGUUAUUACCAGGUGGCAAAGUUCGCCUUCGAUACGCUUACGUCAUUGAAUGUAACGAAGUGGUUCGCGAUAAGGAUACGCAAGAGCCCAUUGAAUUAAAGUGUAAUUUCUUUCCAAAUACUCGAGCUGGGGUGACUCCUGACGGGAUGCCCAGGGUUGGUGGUAUAAUACACUGGGUAGAGGCGUCGACGGCUGUUUCGUGUACAAUCAAUCAAUAUGAUCGCCUAUUUGCUAGCGAUGAUCCUGGGAAGGAAAGCGGCGAUUUUCUGAAAGAUAUCAAUCCAGGCUCACUUGAAAUUAUGAGUGGAGCUGUUGUAGAGCCAAGUGUAGCUUCGGACGCUAAUAUAUUGUUCCAGGAGAUCUCCAGCGGUGCGGAGAGAAGGUAUCUUUCCUCACUAGCAUAUCAGUUCGAGAGAAGUGGCUAUUUCUCGCUAGAUAAAACAUCAACAGGAGCGGAUAACUUGAUAUUCAACCGUGUGGUAACGCUUCGUGAUACAUGGGCC